GUCCAGCUAAUAUUCAUCCUUGCGUUAUAUCCACUGAAGGAUGGAGCUAUAAACACUAAAAAUAGCUGAAAAUAUCCAGGUGCCAUGUUGGAGUUCUCUGGCUGAAAUAAAGUAAAGAAACGUCCAUCUGUCUUACUCUGAAAAAGCACACUUCUGCCAAAACCUAAAAAGCGUGUCUUAGGGGACUGGAGCUGCUGGAGCUGCAGUAGAUAGAGAGGAGAGGAGAGGAGAGGAGGACUGAACUGCACCACAGCGACUCUCUGUCUGACAAUUUCACUGCACUUCAGGAACCCACACUUCAGCAGUCAGUAAAAGCCUCUUCUGCCGGGACGAUGCUUCAUGUGAAGCUGUGGUGGCUGGCAUCGCUCAGCGCCGUGCUGUUAUUCUCACCCGCCACGACCCCUUACCCUGCUGACUCGGACAAAGGGAGGAGGAAAGUGGUGCAUGUCCUGGAGGAUGAUACUGGAGCAGUGAUUGUACAGACCGCUCCGGGUAAAGUGAUCACACAUCGUGGCGGUACCAUCACACUGCCCUGCCGCUUUCACCACGAGCCUGAGAACGUUGAUCCAGCCCGCAUUCGCAUCAAAUGGACCAAGGUGACGGAUGCCUUUCAGUUCGAGGAUGUGUUUGUGGCUCUUGGCCGGCAGCAGCGGGCAUUCGGGCCGUACCGUGGGCGUGUGGCUCUGGAGCAGGCCGGGCCAGGGGACGCCUCAGUCAUCAUUCACAAUGUCACCCUGCAGGACUACGGCCGCUACGAGUGUGAGGUCACCAACGACAUGGAGGAUGACACAGGAUUCGUCAGUCUGGACCUUGAAGGUGUUGUCUUCCCGUACUACCCUCGGCUUGGACGCUACAAGCUGAACUACCAUGAGGCGGAAGAAGCGUGUAAGCAGCAGGAUGCCAUCUUAGCCUCCCACUCCCAGCUUCACAAGGCCUGGCUGGAGGGGCUGGACUGGUGUAACGCUGGCUGGCUGGAGGACGGCUCGGUGCAGUAUCCCAUUGCACACCCACGAGAUCAGUGCGGCCGCAAGGACACUCCUGCUGGAGUCCGCAACUACGGCUACCGGCACAAAGAGGACGAGCGCUACGAUGCCUUCUGCUUCACCUCAAAGCUCAAUGGCCAGGUUUACUUCCUCAAACGCUUCAAGAAGGUCAAUUACCCCGAGGCUGUGAAGGCUUGCCAGCGUGACGGUUCAGCAGUGGCUAAAGUGGGCCAGCUCUACGCUGCCUGGAAGUUCCAGCUUCUGGACCGCUGUGAGGCAGGCUGGGUGGAGGACGGCAGCGUCCGCUACCCCAUCGUCAACCCUCGUGCCCGAUGCGGAGGCUCCGAGCCUGGCGUCCGAAACCUCGGCUUCCCUGACAAAAAGUUCCGUCUUUAUGGGGUCUACUGCUUCCGCAAGAAUUCCGGCAGUCCUGAAGCCCAGACCACACAGGCUCCGAUUAGAACCACCACCAAAUUCACCAACAGCACCAGGAGUAUUUGAAACCCGCGCUGCUUUGCUAGUAUCAUGGCUUCCGCAGCUUAGCCAACAUGACUGACAAAUAAAGCAGAUCAGCUAACCGUAGCCAGGCUAGCGCCAUGUGAUUGCGCCUAUGCUGUAUUACCCUUGCCUGAAAUGAAAUAUCAGUUGUGUCUGAAGAAAGCAGUUUAGCUCGUACUUUCUUUAUGAAGCCUGGCCUAGCCUGAGCUGACUGCAACAAAGCUCAUUAGCUUCUUUCUUUAGCGUCGUGUUUUGUAUGUAGGCUAGCUUGGAGGUUUGAUGAGGACUGGGCUUUGGAUUUAGCUGUUUUGUUUAUUCACUGUGUCAAGAAGAAAAAUGUUUCAGAGAAAGCCCAGGCAUCACACUAAUUAGCGCGCGAGCCAGUCGGAGAGCUAAUUUAGCGCACCUCGUAAUGAAUGCGGCACAUUAGGGAAAGGCCUCGCUAGCCUGGUGACGAUGGAGACGAGAGGGGAGGGAAAGCUGGAGCUCCAGUCAGGUGUAAGCAUGAGCUCGGCUUGGCACAGCAUGGCUUGGGUCUUUUAUUCAGUUCUCAUCUCAGUAGCAGUGCCAGUUACUCUGCACACAAUGAUUGAUUGUAGACUCAAGCACCUUUUACAAGCAUAUUUUAGAUGAUCCUGAAAGCAAUAACUCGCUAAGCAUGUGUCUGGUAGCUGAUUAUUCCAGCGAGUCGAUGACUUCGUUUCAUGCUGCUGCUUCACUACCUCAUUAGUGGUCAACAAUUGCACUAUUCAUUCAAAUGUGAUGCGGCACAGUUUUAUCUUCAGUACUGCAUUUUAGAUUAAAGUUAUUUACCUGUU